UAGAAUUCUAGUGAAGUGAAGUUUUUUGUUUAGUUUGCCAAUUUUGGCGGGAAGAUACACAAACCCUUGAUUUCUAAAUUUUAUUUAAUGCUAUUGAAAUUUUGAAAUUGACACAGAAAAAUUCGAUAGUUUUGUUGUUUUUUGGCCAGAGAGGAAAAGAAAAUGGAGAACCCUAGCAACAUGAGCAGUGGAAGAUUGAACAGAGGCGGUGAGGGAGGGAUAGGAAUGGAAGAUAGCAUGUUGGCCAUGCUUGAUGCCUCCGAAGCUCAUGAUGCCUUCGAUGAUCGGAUUGCUUUUCUGGAUGCUGUGCGUGCUUCUUCAAUUAUUCAAAAACACCGAAAGCUUCCCACUGGAAAAAUCUUUAGGGCAAUCUUCCGUAUGCUGAGGACUGGGAAGUCUUUAGAGGUGAUAAUGGCGAGUUAUAAGCUGCUGCUUGAUUUAGACAAGCACUUCCCUCGUGUGUAUUCAACCGGCAAUGAUAAUUCGAAAUCAUCUGCUAAUUCUCCAUCAAAAUUGGUUGUCGCUGAAAAGGCAUGGUCUCCCCUUCUUGUGUUCCAGGAUAAUGCCAAUUCUGUUGGUGAAGAAAGUAAAAAACAGCCUGAUCAACCUCUUGAACCCUCUAGCUUUCAUGAUCUGAUUGAAGAGCUUGCCGAACUUUCAUCUGAGACUGAAUUUCAAGCAUCAAACAUGAAGGCAUUGCAGAACAUGUUACUCUUUCAAUAUCUUGUCGUUGUUCUUGAAGGCGAUUUUCUACCACGUAACGCAACCAUGAACUGGAACAUGCAGAGGGAGUCUAUGCUCAAUAUUUUACUGGGAUCUAGGAAAAUAAACUACAAAAGCAUGAUGCAGGACUGCUUAAUAGUUUUUUGUCAACUAUCUCAACUUCAAAAUGAACUCAGUAACCAUCUAGAGAUUCAAAAGAGUACUGAAUCUCAGUUAUCCAAACACUUUCAUACUGCACUAUCUUUUGCUUUACAUGAAGUAGUGAAGAACACCUGUGUCUCUAUGGAUAAGUUUUUUGUUAUGAUUAUGGACCUUGAUAUAUCAAGGAAGAAAGCAGAUCUUGAAGGCCACACAACAAGAGCAGAUGGUCUGAGAAAACCUUUGAUGGACAUACUUUUAGAUCAACUAGCUUACAGCAUAGAUACCGUCCCCGUAUUUCUUAAGACCUUCAGUGAACCAAAAUGGAAACUGGAAAUAGUUGUGCAGUACCUGUGGAAAUACAUGACUAAGCCUUCUGCUCGCACUCGAAAGUCAAAUGGCUCUCCUGAGGAUGCCACAUUUGAAGUGGCUUUGAAAUGCAUCUCAAAUAAAACUGGCACUAAAAGCAUUACUAAAAAAAUUGGUCCAGAUGUAAUGCAGUUCCUUUUGGCUUUUGGUUUUCAGGCGCGAUUAUCAAUACUGUCAGAAGGAAAUGCAGAAGGAGGAGUCAAUGCUCUUGCAGACUUGUGUCAGAUGUUUAUCUCUGCUUUUGAAAGUUUGAGAAGCACAAAUGAAUCUAUGGAGAUUUUCUCGAUUGGGAAAGAAGCACUAUUUACUGCGGCAACUAUUAUCUCCAUGAAAUCAUAGGAUGGAAAUAACUGUCGACUUUAUCAAAUUAUUCUGUCCUACAAUCAAUUGCAAGAAUGUCUGCACAUGAAACUACACCAGGACAUUUUCUCUCCACUGCUUCCUUAGCCUUCAUCACGGUCUCAAAACCUUCCACUCUCAAUUCUCUAGUAACCUCUGCAUCUU